AUGGAACGACAUCUUAAAGCAGACACGAGAAUGCAACUCGCUUAUACCGCCGACCAGUGGAGGCGAACUGAGGACGAAGCUAAUCAGAAAAGGGUUUUACAGAGCCUAACAGAUUAUACAAAAUUGUUCUUCGGACGUCUUGAAAAACCUCAGAGUGUUUUGUACAAAGCGGACCAUGAACCACGGUUGAUAUCCCACAUCGGAAGUGAAGUGAAGUCUGGAAAUGAGAAGAAAACUGGUGUAGGUGAUACAACAAUAGAUGUACAAUCAAGCUUGGUGGCGAAAACACCAGAGAACCACACCUCAUCUCAACGACAACGCUCAAAACCACAUGUCUAUAAUCCGAGCCUGAAUUCUGGGCAAAAGCAAAAGAAUGAGAAUCUAGAAAGCGUGAUACAUAUACAAAAGAACAGAAUGGAAUUAGAAGAUCUGGUACGAGUGUUUGAUGAAGAAAUCGUACGAUCAGGUGUAGAUAUGAGUCAUCCGACCCAAUUCUGCUUAGUGCCAGGAUCCGGUCAUCUCCUCUAUUCAGCUGCAGAGUACCUCGCCAGCAUUGCACAUGUCCUUUCGGCAGCCAGAUUCGUAAAUGCCGGUGCCUGUGAUAUUGAACAGAGUGUACUAAGAUGGGUGAGUGACAUCGUCGGAUAUCCCCAGCAGGCCCGAGGAAUCACAGUUUCCGGAACCUCCAUGGGGGUUAUAGUGGCUUUCUCCACAGCCCGCCAUGUCAAGCUUGAGAACAGCAACCAGUUUAGCAGAUCUGUGGUGUACAUGACAGACCUAGCACAUCCCUGUAAUACACGGGCUCUCCGCAUUGUGGGACUGACGGACGUUGUGCUGCGGCGAGUGCCUACCCGGAAAUACCGGAUGGACGCCGGGAAACUUGAGGAGAUGAUAACAGCAGAUAUUGAGGACGGUUUACUGCCAUUUAUGGUGAUUGGUACCAUCGGCACUACCAGCCUGGGAGUUGUCGACCCCUUGGGAGCGAUCAGCGAGGUGGCUCAGAAGCACGGUCUGUGGUUCCACGUGGAUGCUGCAAUCGGAGGCCUCCUGAUGUUGGACGAAUCUGUGAGAAGAAGAUGUGAAGGAGUACAUAUGGCGGACUCAGUGGCCAUGGAUUUCCACAAAAGCCUCUCAGCUCCAUACGGAACUGCGGCUGUGCUGCUACGCAACGGAAAUCAUUUGCGUAAGACCAUGGCGAGAGACAGCGCCCCCUAUCUGGCAGACUCUUUAGAAGAGGAGUAUUCACCACUGGAUUUAAGCUUUGAAUUUACACGACCGUUUCGAGCUUUUCCUGUGUGGGCUAUGCUGAAAACACUAGGCAGUGAAAUGAUAAAAUCCGCGAUUCAGGAGAAAGUGAAAUUAACAGAAUACGCUUACAAAACCAUCAGCGAUUUGAAGAAUGUCGUCACGUGCAUGGCUCCCGAUCUGACUGUUAUCGCCUUCCGGUGCGUCCCAUCGGGGAGCGAAGACGGAAAUUACGCCACGCGUAAAUGGCACGAGCUAAUAGCUGAGGAAGGACAGAUCUGUCUGACACCCACAACAGUAGACGGCUUAUUUUACAUCCGGUUGUGCAUUUUGUCGUUCCGGUCCCACAUCGAGGAUGUAGAAACAGCCCUGGUCUCCAUUAAACGGAACUUAGCCUACGUUCUGUCAGGAAGCGGUAAUGAGGAAUAG